UUCAAUCACCGAGUGGUCAGUGGCUGCAUACAUUUCUGCCCCUAAUGCUUGCCAGCUGCUGCAGAAUCUGUUUUGUGAGAUAAAUUCAUAUGGGUCCCCGAUUUACGGGAUCUGUUCGACCGAUGGGGCGUUUACGACAAGUAACUCGUCCCGCAACGAAAUGAGUUGCACAAUAUUACAUUCGUCAGAUCCGUAGCUACUACAUAGGUACAACCGACGUGAUACCGUAUGAUCCAUAAUACGCAAAGUAUGAUGAGACUGAAGUAGGAAGCAAGGUCUGAUUAUCAAUAGGACUAGCGAAGUUCGAAGAUGAUCAUGAGGGGCAGGGCAGCCCCACAGCCAUUGCUUCCCAGAGGCCCCAUCCCCAAAUUCUUCGAACCUGUCAUUAUUUGAAAGCGACUGAAAUGGAAUCCAACGCCCAAAAGCCAAACAAAGAAACGCUCCCAUCCCAUUAUUAGGCCAGAAAGUAAGAAGGCGAUAGAGAGAGAGAGAGAGAGAGAGGAGAGCCUCAUUGCAGCAGCGAGCAGAGGCAUUGAUAACAGUUGUAGGAGCUGAGGAAGAAGGAGGAAGGAGGAGGAGGAGGGGGGGCAAUGAAGUUCUUGUUCCAGUGUCCAUGCUGCUCUUGCUUCUGCUUCCUGAAGCCCAAGAAAGGGAAGGCUAAGGUGAAGGAAGCUGCCCAGCAAGUGCAGAAGAAGGAGGAAGCUGGGAAGAAAGCUGAAGCUGCAGAUAAGAAGCCCGAGGAAAAGAAGAAGGAUCAAUGAUUUCCCUCUCCUUUCUUCGUGAUGAGCCCGGCGUUGUCAUGUUCCGACUACAAUCUAGACGUGUGGUAGAAUCUCCGCGCUUUUUUCAUUUUCAAUUACGACAACUCUCCCCUUAUUCUCCUCUGUGUUUCCUCAUCUAAGUCAUCUGCCAUUUUUAUGCAGACUUGUAUUGUAAGCAUGCAUGCAUCAACAAUUUGCAGUAAAGCUAAAGCAAUGGUAUGACCAAAUUGUACUAUUUCGGGUGUUUUAUGGAAAUAAAAAGUUUCUUGAAUUCAUGAGAAUAUGAUGUAGCAUUAUUCGUACCGCUACUUAAUGUAUUGAAUCAUCAUCGACCCGAUGUGGAAUGUCCAGUAGACUGCAUAAAUAAAUUUAACACUCUUGACACAAACUAUCAAUAUCGGAUUCAGAGAAAAAGAGAUGACUCCGUGAACAUAAUCGUGCCGGAUAAUUUGGGGCAAAUUUCAGGAGUCUGCAAAAAUUGAUGAAUCUUUACUUUCAGUAUGGGAUUUAAUCAGAAUCCAUAAGCAUAACAGACGAGAUUUACACAUUCUGAAUUGAUUGCAUGAGCAAAGGGAAGAUAAAUGGGUGAAGAUUAUUAGUCCAAAAUUGAGGCCCACUUAUUACUUCAUAACCUGGUGAGGUGACCAAGAGAUUUUAAAUUUGAUACUCAUGUGGAAUUAUCUGUAUCCUUUUAUUAAAUAUUUAAAAUUUUUAUUUCACUAUAUUAGGUGAUCCACAAACCUCCAUUAUAAUCGAAAAAUUGAGGUCCAUUUGAAUUUGAAACUGGUCCUGAGAUCCAUUGACCAGCCCUUUUGUCAUAAUGGCUUGGAAACAGGCCCAGAAGUAUAGGAGCUAUUGUGGCAGACAGGCCCAAAUCAUUAAAAUGUUAUGUUGUACUCAAACCUCAUGAUAAUGAUGAUUCAAACCUUUAAGAUAAAGCAUUUCACGCUAUGAAAACUUCGAACACUCAUAUGAAAGUCGUGUGAUCUGACGCGGAAUGGGUGGUAUAUGAUUAUGAUUUGGUCUUACUGAUUGUGUUUGCCGAACGCUGUCUUGAUGGGUUUGUUGAUAAUUAAAAGAUGUCAUCAGUAUGGAUAACAUAAAGAGUGAAACAAAGAAGAUGAUCAACAUCCAUCUAAACUUGAACUAACCGUAGAUCAAUCGCAAUUGCGAGGAUCUGCAUUACUUUAACGAAUCGUGACGAGAACGGAAUGCGGCACAUGCGGUAGGCUCCUACUCAUCAUGUUAAAGCACUUUUGCCAUAUGCAGUAAAAUUAGCUGGGAUUGUCCUUUGGGAGCCUUUAAUAACUUCAUAAUAUCUUCCUACUUUAGGAGAAAAAUAACGAAAUUUCAUUAAUAAUAAUCUACUCCCUCCACAAACCCCAGUUUAUUGCCCUUACCAAAUAAUCCCACGAUGAAAACAAACAACACUCUUUGACCCACAGUUCCUCCUCCCCUCUAAAGUUUCAUUACUAACAACAAUAUACACAAAAGAAAAAUGAAAAAUAUUUUCACCUUGUAUGAUUUUUCUUUUUUAAUUUUUGGAUCAUCAACAAGGUUAAUGGACCUAGUAAAAGAAAAAUAAAUGAAAAUAAAGGUUACGAGAAGUCUCAUGAGUAAGAAUCGAAUAUAAGUCUUACGAUUUCAGACGAGAACGGAUAUAAUUAUUUUGUUGGGUCAUGAGGGAUAUUCAUAGUCUAAUACAAAGAUUGGAAAUAAAAUAAAGGGGUGCAUAAAUAUCACAGAUGAAGAUUGAAGGCAAGACCUCUUGAUUCUUAGUUGGCGUUUUGUGUUACUGCAAUAAAAUCCCUCCCUCGUAAUGGCAAGUAAUUAUGUUGGGCUCCUUUCUAAGCUUACACUAAAUUAUUUGGACACGACUCCCCAAAAUAUUUAAUACCUCUUGCAAGCCCCUCCAUUCCCAGUUAUUAUCCUCUCCUUUGGACAUUGAAGCUUGAUGAAAUGAAAUGAUGUAUAUAUAAUAUCUACGUACAUUCACUAAGCAUCCUCGUACCACCAGAGCUCUCAUAUGACAUCUCAACUAUGGAGCUUCGCAUGAGUAUCUCCAUCGUGCUGGGUCUGAUCAUCGGACUCAAUGUGGUUUGUUUGUCGGAGUCUUACAGGUUCGAUGUCGGAGGAAGAGAAGGGUGGGUCGAAAACCCAAAGGAGGGAUACAAUCAGUGGGCUGGGAAGACCAGAUUUUCCGUCAAUGAUAAUCUCUAUUUCAAGUAUAAGAAGGGAGACAGUGUUUUGCUGGUCAGUAAAGAUGACUACUACAGCUGCAACACCUACAACCCUAUCAAGAAAUGGGACGACGGGGCCUCCGAGUUCACCCUCGGUCGAUCUGGCCCGUUCUUCUUUAUCGGCGGGACUGAAGAAAGCUGCAAGAAGGGCCAGCAGCUGAUUGUCGUUGUAUUGGCGGUCCAGCACCGCUUGCCUCCUCAGGUUCUGGUGCCAGCCCCGUCACCUUUGCCAACUCGAGGGCUCAGCCCCAUCUUUCCCGCUCCAUUGGCCACGCAACCACAGGGGUCAAGCCCUGCCUCCCCAUCUCCACUGACUUUGCGGUCCCACGGGUUGAUCCCCGUCUUCUCCGCUCCACUAGCCACGCAACCUCAUGGACCAAGCCCCAGCCCCACCUCCUCCUAUCCGCUAGCCCCACAACCUAGAGGGCCGAGCCCCGCUUCUCCCUCUCUUUUGCUGCCACCACCCUCAACCACGCCUUUGCCAUGGCCAGUCUCACCACCACAUCCCACAUCACCAAGCUCUGCCCCGUCCCCUGUGGGCAUGCCUACGCCUUCGGCAAGAGCUCCGUCGCCGAGAACGUUACCCAGCACUCCACGUGCUCCAACCCCAGCAUCGCCGGCGCCAUAUGCAUCAUUGCCUGAACCACCGCCUACUCCCUCCCCGGACCAGUCCCCAGCUGUCUUUGCACCAGCACCGGCACCGGCGCGUUCAUCUGCAUGGGUUAUGACUCCAUUAAGGGUGUGGGAGUUGGCUGUUGUUGCUCUUCUUUUCAGUGGCGUCGUCGCAUGUUGAUGUUAUAUUUCAUGAAGAAACGUCAUUCGGAACUUUGUCUUUUGAAUUUCGCAUGUAUUGAAGGUGAUCGGGUCAUUUGUUCAGUAAUCGAGUAAUGUAAUUUAGUAAUUACAACUAA